GGAAAAAAAAAAAAAAUCAUUAUCUUUACAAUUUUGAAUAAUGGCUGAGAUGUAUUUCUUAUGGCAUAUAUUUUUUUGUAAAUAAAGAUAAAAAAAAAAAAAAUUUGUUGUUUACAUGUAUUUUAAAUUAAGUAAUCUGUGUUUAAGUAUUGACAAAAAUGUAAUAGUUGUUUUAAGUUAAAAAGUAUCCGAAGAAUAUCUUGUAGGUCUUCUUGAGCUCCCACUUUGUUGCUCAGUGUACAUGUCCAUGAGCAGAGGGUUAUUCACUCUACUCGUUUCAAUCACAUAUCGGAUUUCAUGAUGAGCCGCAAUGAGAGAACCGGUCGUCGGUAGUUUUAAGUCUGCCAGUUAAGACAUUUCUUUCAUUACGCUGCACCUAGGAUAAUAAAUAGUAUUCAUAAUGAAUACUGAGAGAACUUCAUUACUCAAUAGUGAUCUUAAUUCUGGGCUUAGUAUUUUUUUUGCAACUCUCUGUAUCAUCGAUAUCUUUGGUGUCUUUCCUAUCAUUGCUUUACCUCACGCUAUAAUACAUUGUGGAUUACUGGGGAUUCCUCUGGUAAUUGUCGUCUUUUUUUUACAAAUUUAUACAGCUUCAUUGCUUGGAAAAUCAUGGACUAUUGCUACUACAUUGGAUCCUAAGAUUUUGAGAAAAAAUCGACAUCCACUGGCAGCUGUUACGGAAAUGACUUUAGGAAAAAAAAUGCGAACUUUUGUAACAUUGCUUCUAGACCUUACAAUAUUUGGCUGUGGAAUUCCUAAUUUAUUAGUCGCGUCACAAAAUUUACAAUUAUUUGGGUUCAAAGUAUCAGACAAUCAAUUCGAUUUGUCAUUUUGCUAUUGGCUCCUUGUGGUGGGAAUUUUUCUGUGUCCAUUGAUGUGGUUGGGAAGUCCUCGAGACAUGAAACCUCUGGCAAUUUUUUCAACAAUCGCAGUGACGAUGACGACUGUACUAGUAUGGUGGUGCAUAAUCGCUGAUGACCGAGCGCUGGAACCAGCUCCGAUACCUACAUCUCCAACGUGGGAUAAAUUUAUAUCAGGAUACGGCAUGCUCGCGUUUCAAUUCGAUGUUCAUCCGACCUUGAUGACUAUUCAAGUGGAUAUGCGGCAUCCGCAGCACAUCAAUAAAGCCGUCGUUUUAUCAUUUCUCAUCAGCGGUUUAUUAUUUGGAGUGACGGCUGGUUUAGCGGCAUGGAAGUACGCCGGUAGUACCACGGCAAAUAUUUUGCAAAUAGCCCCAGCUGGACAUGUUAGUCGCGCUGCGAUACUCUUAUCUGCACUGCAGUUGAUAUUUUCAAGUGUCAUAGGCCAUGCAGCACUUUUUUUGCAUCUUGAAGAUGAACUUCGCGUUCGCCGAACAUUCGGGUGGAAACGAUGCGCAUUGAGAUCAGCAGUGGUAUUUCUAGGAGUUGCUGUCGGUGAAUCAGUUCCACGUUUUGAUAUCGUAAUGUCUUUGAUCGGUGGAACUUUAACUGGACCACUGGUAUUUAUUUUGCCGCCGAUAAUGUACGCACGUGCGAAAACUAUGAAGAAUGAGUUUGAUAAAUACAGCUCGACUCCAGAAGUGUUUUCAGCUACCGAACGACAAUCUGACGAUGAUUUGAUCUCUGAUGAAACUCGUGCGCAUUCAAAGUCAACUUACUUUGGUAUUCCUGAAAACAAAAAAAAUCGUCAGCGUUAUACGUAUGUUUAUUACAGUGACAAUGAUGUCAAUGACAAUGAUGAUGAUUCGGAAGGACUCCUUUCUGAUGUUGACGACCAGCGCUCGAAGAAAAAACUCCAGCCUCACACAAUGAUGGCAGAGCGCAACAAGUCAGCAACUGGGUUUAUUGAUGCGACUAAGCCGGAAAUGUUUCGCUUGAAAACAAGGUUGCAGCCGCUGAUUAUUAAAAGUAAAACAAAAGAUAAAAGAUAUAAAAUUAUUUUUAAGCGAUUAACUAACUUGUUCAGCUAUUUUGUUGUUGUUAUGGGAGUUGUUAUCACAAUCUCAGCGACUUACAUUAAUGUAAAAAAUACUAUCCGGUUUGUUAAGUUUACACCGCCUUGUAUUAUCAAUGCUUCUGUUUCAGCGUCAUAAUUAUAUAAUUUAUGUAAUAGAAAAAUAAGGAUAUAAAUAAAUUUUCAUAGAUUUUUGACCAA